AUGCUGUGUCUUUAUAUAUGGGGUUCACAUUGGGGGCUUCCAUCUAUUGAUCCUGCAUGUUUGUCUGUUAUUUCAUACUUACAGCUUGUUUCCGAAGAUUGGAAUGUUAUUGAAUGCUGUAAUCCAAAUGUCUCACCAACAGGAGAGCUUCCAGUAUUAAGAGAUGGACUGAAUUGGAUCGCAGGUGUUCAUAAUAUAAUAAAUCAUCUUAAGAAAAAUGGUUUAAACGUGGAUGAGAAUUUAACGAACAAACAAAAAGCUGAUAGUUUGGCAUUCACUUCUUAUAUUGAGGAGUGCGCCUACGAUGUACUCCUAUUUACAUGGUAUGUUGAUUCCAAAAAUUUCGUAGAAGUCAUCCGCCCGCUUUACGCUGGAUUACUUUCAUUCCCAAUGCAAUAUUUUAUACCAACGCAACUACGUGACUUCGCCAAAGAAAGGCUGACAAGGCAUGGUAUUGAAAGUGUUGGUGAUACAGGGUUUCUCAUGGAUAAGAGUACAAAGUUGAAUAAAAUUGUUCAUGAAUCGUAUGAUGUGUUACAGAAAAAACUAGGAGACAAUGAAUUUUUUUUUAGAGAUCAGCCAUCUUCUUUAGACGUUAUGGCAUAUGGUUAUUUAGCUCUUCAUAAGUAUUCGGAACUUUCCAAUCCGGAUUUGGCCACUAUAUUCAAUACUGAAUAUCCACGACUUGCCCGAUUCUGUGAACGAAUGAAAAAUUAUCUUUCUUCUCGGCCAAUCAGUAAAUUGCCUGCUACCGAUCUCCCAUCUUUCUUUUCUGGUUUGUUUAGUUCUCCUCAUACAUGGUUUAAUAGAAAUGUUUGGAAAACUUAUAACGUUGAGGGAAUAAAGAAAGAAAAGUCCGAAGCUCAAAUCAAAUUUGAGAGAAAGAGAAAUUUAUCAAUAUUUGGAGCAAUUGGUUUCGUGGAAAAGGAAAUCGUUGAUGAAGUGGACUACGAGGAGGAUAGCGAAAACUAG